AUGGUACGACGCGCUGUGCUUACCCCAUCAUGGUACGAUAGUACAAGAAGACAACAACAAUAUCGAACCACUCCUCCCUCUGCUCCUUUCGAUUCUCGAACGACGGCCUGUGCUGUGGUGACGGCUUGUAGUAGUACGACGACAGCCACCAAUCAUGGAGGAGUCGAUACGUCCAGUCGCAUCAUGGCCAGCGUUGUGGCAUCCACAGUGGUGUCGCAGUCCCUUCUCGCUGGCAUGCUGGCAGGAUACCUGGUGGCCCGCUGGCAAGAACCGGUCCUCAUUCAUUGUGUCCUCAUUCACAAUGUCCCCGCCACCAUGACCAAUCUACUGGCGAAGGGUGGGGUCGGUGCUGUCAUUGCUGCCGUGCCCCUUCCCGUGGCUCCGCUCUUGCAAAGCAUUACGGCGCUGAUGCGAUAUGCCAUUGAAUGCUCUGUUUCCAUGACUACAAUGCAGGUACAGUUGUUACCAUCAUCCAAUAUGACAGAUAAAUCGUUGGGAGCCUUUCUGUGGGGGUGCUUGUGUUGCUAUGGAAGCAAGGUGGGAUGGUACCAUGCUCUCUUUCUGCCGCUGAUUUUGGUCGAAAUGGAGCUGGGCGAAGCAAGCUGUUUGGGGGCAAUCGACGAACUCACUCUGGUGUUGGUCUGUGCUGGAAUUUGUGCUGCCAAUCUAGUGUCGGCUUGUUGGCUAAUCACGAAGCCAGCAUUUUUGACGGAUGCCAAUAGGGCCUUGUGCUGGAGAGCCGUUCGAAUCAACCUUUUGUAUGGCGACUUUGUGGAGGCGAGCUACCCAGAAAUGGAACAGAAUGUGCUGGUCAAUAUUUCCGGCUACGAUGCCAGUGGGCUGUCAUCGGCUCUACUGGUGGCCCUAUCAUCAUCAGACGAGGAGGAAGGACUUCCCAAGAGUCUGGCGUACUUGCCAUGGCCGGUAGCGGUAUUGUUGUCUGGCACGGAUUGGCGGCCCAUGGUUGUGGCGUCCAUGGUUGCCUUUGGCAUUCCAUUCAUUGCCACCCUUUUGAAUGAUAUUCUGUUCAAGAAAGCUCCCAUAAAGCAAGAAUAG